UGGUUUGGGGCCAUCUUCUAGUGUUUGUAUGCUGCAAUAAUCUUCUGAUCCUUCCAACUAAGAUCCCAUACUCUACAGCUUUCCUCCUGUCUCUUAGCUUUAACCGUUCACUUUCACACCCCUCUUUGUUUGGAUUGUGAUUUUCCCUAAGUAUAAAUUUUAGCUUGUCAUUUCAAACUUAUCCCUUGUAUCUAAACUGAAAAUGCAUUCAAUUCUUGAGCUAUUUUAGCAAGUUUGGAAGCAUUUUUACGGUUGCAUACUUGCCUAGUCGGAGUUGUGGGAGUUGAUGUUCCACAUCGGAUUUAGUCCUUCUAGAGGCCAGCUAGUCCUGAGGCAUCAUUGAUUGGUACUCAUCUUCAUCAUUUUAUCUCUUAUGAGAAUUGUUCAUUGCCUGAAGUUUUUUUGGUUCAUAAAAUUGUAGAACUGGUUUAUCAAUCCACGAAAGAAAGAGAGAUGGCUAUUCCACCUUUGUUCAAGUGUCCUAUCAGUCUAGAUUUGUUCACAGAUCCAGUAACUCUUUGCACAGGACAAACUUAUGAUCGAUCCAGCAUAGAAAAAUGGCUUGCUGCUGGAAAUCUAACGUGUCCUGUCACAAUGCAGAAGCUUGAUGAUCUUUCCAUGGUUCCCAACCACACCCUUCGCCAUCUGAUAGAUCAAUGGCUUCAAGAGGAUAGCCAAUUUUGUCUUGAUUACUGCGAAAUGAUCAAUCACGUCGAUUGCAUUUCUGUACUCAAGCACAGACUUGAUUCAGAGGAUUCCACAUUGGAAGAAAAGCUUGAAAUAGUUGAAAAAGUUUACAUAUUAUCUGAAGAGCUUCCUUUGCAGAAUACUUGCUUGAUCCAACUAGACUUCUUUCCCUUACUGCUAGAAAAAAUUUUCAGAAAGGUCAAUGGUUCUUGUUCUGAAGAUGAUUUGAGGUUUUCCGAACGAGCAUUGGCUUGUGCCUUGAAGUUGUUACCAUUUAGCGAUCUCACAUCAUUAAACAUGCUUAAAGAAGAACCAGUCCUUGACUGCUUCCUUUCACUCUUCUACAGAGGCAAUGUGAACAUCAAGAGGUACUUGUGCCAUAUUGUUGAGGUAAUUUCUUCAUCCAUGGAAACACAACAGGUUUCUAUUAUGCUAGGAAAAUCAACCAAGUUGCAGCAAGAACUUCUCAAUCUUUUGGCUGAAACUUCUGAAGCUUCUGAAGCUGGAAUCAAGGCCAUUUCAGCACUAUCUUGUUUGGAAACAACUAGAGAAAAUUUGGUAAGAGAAGGUGCAGUUGAAAGGCUAAUAGCAUAUAUCCUGGAAUCCGAAAAAUAUCAAAGGAAAUUAGCCCCAACAGCAAUAGCAACAAUCGAAAGGCUCUUGGUGGUGGAAAGUGCCAAAGAAGUAGUCAUCAGUAAUCCUAGUUGUGUCAGAGCUCUAGUCAAGAUGGUUUUCAGAGUAUCAGAUCAUCAAGGAAGUGAGAGUGCUGUGAAUUCAUUAUUAGCCUUGUGUUGUGAUUCUAAUCAUGCCAGGGAAGAAGCAAUCUCUGCAGGUGUCUUGACUCAGCUGCUUUUACUCCUUCAGAGCCAGUGUAGUGGGAGGACCAAGGCCAAGGCAAGAAUGUUGCUCAAGUUGCUAAAUUCCACUUGGGUUGAACAACCAAAAGAGGCUGCUAGCCCCUAGUUGGUGCCUCAGGUGGAAAAGUUCCAGAAGCUGUAUUAUACAAUCUCUUUCAGCCAAAAAUGGUGAAUUAGUUUAAGAUGUACAUUAUUUGUCCAAAUACACGUUCCAAGAGAAAAAAAAAAACAAUAAAAAGAACCCAAGCAAUCAAGCAUGCCUUGUAUUGGUUUAUAGCUUGAUGUCCAAGAGGGAAUUCUUUGUCAUUGAUUCAUGAGCAUGUCAAAUUCAACUUUUGUACCGACAAUUGUAUGAAAAGCUAACCGUCUUUUACGACUUAAUCUG